AUACACACAGAGCUCCCAUUGUUUGCAGCCCUUCACAAGCCCACUGAUCCUAAUAUGGAAUUCAGCAGGAAACCCAUGAUUUCCUGACACACAGCAAGCUGGAGAAAGAAAGGAAAAACUCCAUUAAAAACCUCCAGGCUCUCCUCCAUGUUAGAAAUGAGAUGGAAAAUGGAGUGGAUUUAACAGGAAUCCCCGAUCCCUGCGGCCAGGCGGGAGGAAGGCAGACACGAAUCCAAGCCGCAGGCUGCUGAUAUUUUUUAAGUUGCAAUAAAUACGGAGAACUGCAGGGCAGGAUGAGGAUUUCCUGACUCGGACGGACAAGAAAGGACAGAUCGCUUUUUCACGAUACUCCUCUCCGUGAAUUUAAUCUAUUCACCUCAAUGAUUCUCUGGACUGCUCUGGUAAUUGUUAGAAGCAGCUGUGACAGCCUGGAAACAUUAGUAUGAUUUCCUGAGUUUGAGCUUCCCCCCCCCUCCCCUUCCCCAACUACUCCAAACUCAGGAAAAGUCCAUACAAUCGCACUUCAUUUUUCCUUCAUGUGCACUUGGAAGCCCCGGGAGCAGCAGGAGCAGCGGCAGCAGACGCAAGGAUGAGCUGCAAGGCAGAAGGUGACAACUGCACUGACGGGAGCAGCAACAGCACCAAGAAGAUGUUAAAAUGUGUGGUGGUUGGGGACGGGGCCGUCGGGAAAACCUGUUUGCUGAUGAGCUACGCCAACGAUGCCUUCCCCGAGGAGUACGUGCCCACUGUGUUUGACCACUAUGCAGUAACCGUGACUGUGGGAGGACAACAGCACUUGCUGGGACUUUAUGACACAGCAGGGCAGGAGGACUACAACCAGCUGAGACCCCUUUCCUACCCCAACACAGACGUGUUCUUGAUCUGCUUCUCAGUGGUAAACCCUGCCUCAUACCACAAUGUCCAGGAGGAGUGGGUACCUGAGCUGAAGGUCUGCAUGCCCAAUGUGCCUUAUGUCCUCAUAGGAACACAGAUUGAUCUGCGAGAUGAUCCCAAAACUUUGGCUCGUCUGCUUUACAUGAAGGAGAAACCACUCACCUAUGAGCAUGGCGUGAAGCUGGCGAAGGAGAUUGGAGCACAAUGCUACCUGGAGUGCUCAGCCCUCACACAGAAAGGCCUUAAGACUGUCUUUGAUGAAGCAAUCCUGACUAUUUUCCACCCCAAGAAGAAGAAGAAGCAUUGUGCAAAGUGCCACAGAUGCUGCACCAUUGUAUGAAGUCACUUGGAAAGAAAAGUGAGAUGAGUUCAGUGAAACCAAGCAGGUUAGAAAGGCAAUGAAGGUCAUAUGCAACUGAAAAGGGGAACAUGAUCAGAAAGGGGUCCUUUUUACCCAAAUAGGAGCCCUCCACUCUGUGAAACCUCCAAGCUGUAUCUCAAUAGGCCAAUUCUUGUCUAUGAGCUUUCCUAAACCUUCAGAGUUGUAGGCAGCCUGUUUCCACCACUGCAAACUGUGCUGAGCCAACAGAAGCAAGGAUGCCUCCUCCUGCUUGACUCUUCUUCACCUUAGGAAUAAGAAGAAGGCACUGUGUGGCAAAAUAAAUAAAUAAAUAAAUAAAUAAAAUUAAAGGGAUAAAAGAAACAGAACAAACUCCAUUUGUGGCCUUAAGCAAGAGUUGAUCAAAAUUAAGAAUUUGCAGUGCUUAGGAAUUUAAUCUGAACUGACUGAAAGAACACGGAGAUCUGUAGAAAUCUACUAUGUAAGAUAUACGCUAUAGGUAGGAUGUACUUUUGAAUUACUUUUCUUUUAUAAAACUCAUUACUUCAGGAUAUACUUCCGUACGUUCAAGCUGCAUGGAAGCAAAGGUGGAGCGAGUCCAGUUUGUCUUCACUUAAUGGUGAAACUUCACAGCGUCAGUACGUUGCUGCACCCAAGCUAUCAAAAUGGAUCAACAUUUACCUCCAGACUUAAGGAAUGUUCUAAAACUAAAAAAUGCAAGUAACUCUAUUUGUACAAGGGAAUAUUCAGGCUGAGCCACGUUUCCAUAAGCUGGGAAAGGAAGAACAGAGUUGUGGUGUUUAUGUACUGAGACAAAGACAUUCUGCCACCAAAGAAUAUUGCCCUGGACAUGAAACACCAGCUCGGAACAAUCGCCUUUCCAAACUGAGAACAUGAAAGAAAUACAUUGCCAUGGCAACUGAAAAAUUACCUUAUAGAUCAGCUGGAGUUCUACAUCCCACCCAGCAGACAAAAAUAGCACAAACCAAAAAGCCAAAGGUCACACCGAUCUCAUGUACUUUAAAAUGAUCCAAGUGCCUUACGAUUUUUUUAGAGUGUCUCAUGUAAAAACCUUAUCAAAGCAGAAUUACAAACAUUGUGAUUUACUGUGGUCCCCCUCCUCUCAUUCACUAUUUCGCUUCGCUCCCACUCUUCCAUCCUCAUUGCGGUAAGUGCUGAUUAAGUUGCAGUUCUCAGCAGUGGACUUUCAGAAGAUGGGCUGCAGCCCUUAGCAUAGGGGUGGGAAGUCCAGACCUCGAGGGAGCACAUGCUGCCUGUAAGCUCCCCGUGCUGUUGGGAAAAUUGUGCCUUUCCACAAAAGCCUCUCCAGGAAGCCUGUACUUUUGCACAUCACAGCAACACUGAUGCUCAGAGGUGAGCUCAAAGGGCAUCUGCCUUUGGGAACAACAGCAAUGCCAUGAGAUUGUCUUGUGGAUCUCAUUCCCCAAGCAGAAAAUCACCGUGACAGAAAAUACAGAGACCUCUAAUAUAACUCCUGGCAAAAGCAGCAUCUCUAUUCGGCAUUUUGAAAACUGCUCGAACUAAGCAGCAAACAGAAGAGAACAAUCGUGAUGCAGUGCCCCAUCCUUUAGCCAUGGAAGAUGAUGGAUCCAAGCUCCUGUUUUCACUCUAGCAGAAAUUAUGUUUACCAUGGACUCUGACAGAAACCAGAUCAGACGCAAAGCAUUUCCAAGUAGAGAUCAACUGCUCUCACUGGAAAAAACUGACCAAACCUGAGGUCAGUGCCACUCACCACCUCUUGUGCUGCACACAAGCAUGGACGAUAGCUAAAAUUAUGCUAAUGAAUAGCUAAAAGAGAGGCUUCUUUACUGCUGGCAAUCAUUGUGGAUAUCUUAUAUCACGUCCCAGAGAAAUCGACUGACUGACACAACACAGCUCGGAGCGAGGACAGAGCUGAGCCUGGUGAAGGAGCUUAUGUCGUGCCCUAGAGGCUGUGCUGCUGUCCCAGCACUGAGCAUUCACACUGCGGGGACACCAGUGAUCAGCUGAUCUGAAAUGUGUAACACGGUGUUAGAAGAGCAUGAGGAAAACUAGGAGUGGCCAAAAAUCCACUGAAAAAUAAAAGAAGGGUUUCAACAGAAAAAAAAUAAUGAGAGCUUCACUGUGCUGCUGUUUGCUUCAGUGGAAAUAAAACUGGGUGAUGACUUUGUGAUUUAGGCUGCUGUAAAGCAUUAGCCUAUAUGCAACUCUCUGGUUAAAGUAAGUGAAGUCUGCUGUAGCUGGGGUGCAAUGGAAACACUCAGUUUGGAGCUGCCAGGUACUCUCAGAGCUUCACAAAAUACAGAGGAAACAAUUCAGACCGACAGCUGAGCUUAUCAUAAAAUAAUGAGCGCAGUGAAAAGUGCAAUAUAGCAUUCCCAGCAUGUGUCAGAGAAAGCCACAAUAACCAAAUGAUAUUUUUGCCUGGUAUCAGGGGUGCCUAUUAAUAGUGAUGGGAUGGUAUAGGAUAGACAUAUAAAAUCAUAUAGGAAGUUGCACCAUUAAUGUAAUUGCAGUGGUUUGAGGAAAAAUAACUUACAAAAACCCAUAUGGUGAUGAAGAAGAUAAAUUGCUACUAUCCUGAUUUAUUAAACUGUAGCACCCUGCACAAAUCAUUGCAUAGCACUGAAAGUAGAUACAUGUAAAAAAUAUUACAACUAACCUGGGUUUUAUUUGUGUUUACAAGGUCUAGCACAUCAAGUUUGCAAAACAGUGCAAUUUCAAGUUUUUCAAGCUAACUGGGAGCAAAAUUUGUCAUUUGGGAGCUGCAAGAGUGGGUGAGUGGUCACAAUCCACACUCUGUAUUCCAUUUAUUUUUCAUUUCUCUUCCAACAAAUAUAACUGAUUCUUUUUUUUUUUAAAGACAUGGCUAAUGCAGGUCUCAUAAACGUCAGUCCUGUGUUAGGUUAUAUACACACAUUCAUCCAUGCCAUGCGGCUUUUUUUCAAGGAUCUGACCAGUUACACUGCUGUUUUGGAGAGGAAGGAACAGCACAGGCCAAUAGGCUUCAGAAAAGUGUUGUGGGCAGAUGUAAGCAGACUCGUUGACUAUCUGGAAAGUCAUACCUAAUGCCUUUCCUACAAACAAACAGAUGGUAUGUGAGCAGGCAGCAAGGCUUAUUUUCAGUAAUAUCAAAACACCAGGCACAGUGCAAGCACAUGCGUAAGGCAACAGAUAGAAAUUUCAAGUUAUUUUCAAGCGCCAUUAGUAACGAGAAAAGAAAAUCAAUAUGUGACUGCCAGCUGAACAGAGAUAGGUUUUCUCACUGUUAGAUGAACUGGAAAUCAAAUCUGGACUUCACCUUCUAAGGAAUGCAGGUCUUAUAGCCAUAAAAGCUAUGAACCAUCCCGGGAACCUGAGCAUGUCGUUUUAAUGCAACCAAUGUCAAAGCCCUUCCCAACAGCUGCCUUUGCUAACAGUCUGCUAACGUUUCACCACAGCUUAACAGAAAUCUGCUAGAUCCUAGAAAACCCAUCUUCUGUGUCCGCUUCAAAGUUCUAUCAGGAGUUGUUAACUUGAAUUUAUCUGACAAAGAAGAAUGUAGAAACAAGGCUCCAACCCCACCCAGGAGCAAUUUGUUCCACCAUGUCUAAGUGCCACGUGCUUGUGUCCUCCAUGAGAAGUGGGGAGCAGCUCUCAAUCUGAACUCCCCCAGCUGUCCUGGGUGCAAUACCGACUGUCACAGCGACGUGUAGCUCAUGAAGAGCAACCAAUUUCAUCAGACCAAGAAACAAAAAGCUUACAAUAAAAUCAUUAAGGUUGGAAAAGAGCACUGAGAUCAUCUAGUCUAACCAUCAACCCAUCACCAAUCUUCUUCAUCUUGUGCCACUUUGAAUUAGGCCCAAUUAGUGCCAAAGGCAUGAUAUGGAUCAUUCCCUCUGCUUCCACUGGACCUGACACUCAUCUUCUACUCCAACAGGCUGGGAGAGAGACACAAAGAAUCAGUGCAGCUGAGAAAAGAAGCUCCUCUUGCUAAGUAGGGGCUGUAGAAUUCACACCGCAUCCAGCAGCACCACUGAAACAAUCAUUCAGCAGCUGUCACUGAUAUUUCACACAUUUCUCCUCUUUUAAAGCACUGCUUCAGCUCAAAACAAACACAGCUGUCAAGAUCUCACCCAACAUACUGUCUCAAGGCUCCAGAGACCCAAUUUGAGAGGCCUUUACAGGAGCUUGGAAAAGGUUGUAGAAGUUCUUGCAAACAAUUUCUACCGCUACCUCACAUCAUCACAGCCAGAAUCAUAUACAGCAAGCGACACAGUGGCCAAUUACACACAGAGUGUGUCUAGCAGAUGUGUUUUCAUCAUAUGAGCUGGCACUUCCUUCAAUAAAUGUCCUUGUAAUCAAAUAUGAAAGAUGCCCAUUUGCUCGCAUAGCUUAUACUGGUAGUCCAAGACCUUUUCUUCAGCUUUUUUCCCCAGUGGCACAACAAAAACCUCCUGACUCACUGUACCAAAACCCAUCUGGAUUAAAAAUAAAUUGCAAUGGCAUCAAGCUGCCUCAAGGCAGGCUGGUCUGAAACGCAAGCACAAAUGGAGAAGGCACAUUUACCUUCUCCACCAAAGCAGCGCAACAUAUGCUCGUAUUAGCCCAGGGACCAUCUGUUCAAUGAGCAGGUUGAAUGCAGGAAUCUGGCUGCACAUCCACUGCUCCCCAUAUUUUCUUUUCUUGCCUGAAGAGUAUGUGCAAUUUGUUUUAUCUUGCUUAAAAUGUAUAACAGAACAUUUUCUGGGUUUACAUCUCUGCAGGAGCGGAGGGGUAUUUGCUGUGACAGGAGGUGAGCAUGGAGCAACCUCUGUCAGAUAAUUUCCAGAUGCAUUUGUGCUCGAAGUAAAAGUGGAGACAACUCAGCUAUAAAUGCCUGUUUUUCUCCUGAUGAAUAGAGACCCUGUGAGGGCAGGGAAAAGCCUCCCAACAAUUUCAGCAGUGGCUUGUGAUCUCAGCUCCGUUCACCUAACGAAACAAAACAUGAAUAGAAACAUUUCUGAAUCAAGAAGUUGGGACAAAAAUAUUGAUUAGCAGGAAUGAAUGCAACAGAAGAACUGCAUCUUCUCUUCUGCUCUGUUGGAGAGUUGCAAAAUCAGGGCCCCGAGCCACAUUAUGAGGAAAUUUCACUUUAAGAUGUUAAGGGGAUGCCCACAAUUAGGAUGUUUAUUGUUAUUAUUAUUAUUUUCAUUUUACUUUCUUUGUUUCAGUUAAAGCUUUCAGAAACCUGUGAGCAAGAAUACAUUUUUCCUGGGUAGUUCCAGGAACCCCAACAGAACAAAAAGAGUCAGAAACUCCCUGCAAGAGCUAAAUCAGCUCACAAGCCCAUCUAUCACAGAGCAACAAGCAAAAACUCACAUGAAUUGCUGUCACUGGUGAAAAAUCCCUUUGACUUUGAAAAUAGUAUGAACGGAAAUAACAUUGAGCAUGAUUCCCCUGUCCUUCCAGAACCAUAAUGCGGUGUUUGGCUGCUUCUUCCAACUCUAAUUUCAGGAUGGGGUUUUCGAAGAUGCAGUGCUUUGGCUUCAUUUCAGUUCUCGUGAGGACAAUGGAAGAUUUCAGUGGGCUCCACAUAUGACUAAUGUGGAAAGCAUUUGAGUCUCUUUAUAUUUCCUCUUUUUCUCCCCUUUAUUUUGUGAUUGACGAAGCCUUGAGCACACAGAUAUACUGAACCAGGUCCAAGAAUCUUUUGUACCUCUGGGCUUCUGUUUGCUUACUCUAAAGAAAUUAGGCAUCUGGAGACUUUGCUGACCUGAACUUUAGCUCAAGCUUCAGAGAUGGGAUUUGUAACUCCUGUUUUCAACCAUCACUAGGCUGAAGGUGAAAAUGAUUACAUUAACAGUGUAAUAUCAAGACAAACAGGUUUCUUCACUGAGUUUGACACUGCACUCAUUGCUCUCAUUAAAUUUCAUUUCAUCCCAGUGGAAUGGUAGCAUUCAGGAUGGCAGAUUGAAUUUUGGAUUGGUUUUGUCAACAAUCAGUUUGAGCUCUCCCUGAUAUCAUCACUGGCAAAUUUUGGCUUUGAUCAGAGGUCAAUGAAUUCACAGCAAACAAUUGCCAACAGCCUACAGUUUUCAGAUCUUCCGGCACAACAGCUAUUUGUACUGAUAGCAUGUAGAAAUUGUUGUCUGGUAUCUGUCAAAGUAGUUUGGGUGUAAGCCAUAUCCACAGUGUGACUGUCACACCGACUCUCCCAGCACACUUGCCCAAAGGAGGCAGCUGCUCAUCCAGCAUUACUGAACUGGCAGGAUGUGGAACUGUCCUAUCAAUAUGCAAUAAAUGAGCCCAAACUUUUCCCCAAACUUGUAAAUAUUAAUUCAGGAACAAGCACUAACAUAAAGCUGCCAAAGCCUAAUUCACUCAUGAGCAAAAGUGACCUCAGGUGGUGAGACCAGGAUGCCAGCUGGGAAGGCACAAGAUAGCUGCCCUCGUCCCUAUGGCAUGACCCAUGGACAGGGCUCGGAGGUGCCCUCAUGGAGUAGCACUGGGACCCCUGGAGCUCAGCAGCACCUUGUGACUGGGAGAGCUUCCAAGAGGAAGGCUGCAGAGAGGAGGAGCAGGGAGACAGACCUGGACUGUCCUUGAGUGCAAGGAUAACUGAAUCCAGUUGAAACUGUUAUGAUGUUGAUGCACUUGUACAGGCAUUUCACUGCAAAGAGAUUCCCUGCUUCCCUGAGAACAUUUAUUUCCUUUCCUUUUGCAUGAUACUUCAGCAAUACUUUGAGUAGCAGUGCAACAAUGUAUUCACAUUGACUGUGAAGCAAAUGCAAUGACUUCAGCCCAGAUCAGGACCUAACACAUCACCCAUCAGCUGUUAGCACAUUAAGAAAAAUAGUUAUCUACUUUACUUGACGUAAGCAAAAGCAUUUCUCUCUUACAAGUUGCUAUGUGCAAUAUCUCUGGAGUAUAGGAGUGGUAAAACCAAAGAACAAGUACUAGAAAGCUAUGUUUGACUUCUGAGUGACAUAAGUCUUUUCAAAGAUGAACCAAAUCUUCAAAUUUCAACUCAAAGCAAUAAAAUUUCAAACCAAGGAAAUUCAGUUUUCCAGGAAUUGUUUUGCAUAUUUUAAAAAUCAUGUAAACAGUAUUAGUUUCCUAUUUACAGCUCAAUUCUGUACUCUUUUGCUUAUCCUCUUUUAAACAUGUAAUUAUUGUAUAUUGUAACUGCACAUUAAUAUCCUCUAUUGUACAUAGUUUAUUUUAACAAAAUAAAUGUAUUACUAAGUAUUUUGACAGCA